UCUGGAGAGGAAGUUACGUGUGCACGGGAUUGUAGCCUCCUCGCUUCGUCCCACUGGUGCGAGACGAAUGAUCGGAUUGUCCCAUUGUGUAACGGUAACGGCUCUCGGGGAUAAGAACGGGACACAAUUUGUUCGAUAAAUUCAGCGGACCGGUCGCGCGCGUCAAAGGAAUUCUCGCGUCGUUUUGACCCGACACUAACGUGUGUACGCUCGCGAGAUCGGUGGUGCGCGGGAAUUGUUGCGACACAUCGCGAACUGUGAUUCCACGCGAAUUACUCCCGCUCGAGCGAUGCUCGUCCCCGAUAAUACCCCAAGCUCGUAGAUGUAUCGCGGAAUCUGACGGGAUGCGCGUUCCCCGAUCGACCGCGUGGAUGGCCGCGUUUGCUACUUGAGAGCGAUAUUCGGGAAUGCCGCCGCGGAAUAAAUUCCGUUUCACGGUGUGGUAGUAGCGUCUCGUUGCGGCCGAUGCGGCGGAUGCGUAAGUGCGAUUCCGGAGGAAGUAGGUAAUUGUACGAUUUAGCCGUUUAAGGGGGAACGGCGACGAUGAAGGGGGAACGAGGAACGCCGAGGAAAGAAUCGCCUGUAUAACCGCGCGAGAAACUCUUCUCUCCGGUGGCGGAAGUGUCAACAACGAGGGAGGAGGGGAAAGCUGUGAUUCUCGAGCCGGUUUUAGUGAAGCUGUAUGAAGAAAAACGGAUGGAGUAGCUCGACGAAAAAGAGCGAGGAGGGAAGUAGAGCGGGGUGAGAAAAAUAAGAGAGAGGCGGAGAUUCGGCGAAGGGCAGCGCGGAACGACUCGCAUCGCCGCUGUACAGAGACGUACACAAUAGUGCUGCCGCGUACCAAUUUUCCGAAUAGAAAUGAGUUGAGGAUCGACUACGAUGUUGAGUCGUCUUUCGGCCGUGGUGGCCUCCAUUUUGGUUCACCAAAUACAUUUCUUAUGCAUCGCCAAUACGAUAGGUGCAAACUUUCCGGGGCUACCACGUUCAUUUUGGCAUGAGCUCAGUUCACCUUUUACAGAGGUUUACGAGGUGGAGAGUUUCGUGACUGAAACAGGCGGCACUCCUGAACCGAGGCCAUUUUUUGAGGAUCCAGAAAGCAACAUUACCGUACAACUCGGUGCACAAGUCUACAUGCACUGCAGAGUACAAAAUCUACAAAACACUCUCAAAGUGUCCUGGGUGCGCAGACGGGGAGAGGAGCUCCAUAUACUCACCAUUGGUCUCGACACGUACGCGAGCGACUCCAGAUUCUCUCUAGCUUUUGAGAAGCCUAAUGACUGGCGAUUGCUGCUGCGUUCCGCAACGGAACGCGAUGCCGGCCUUUACGAGUGUCAAGUCAGCGCCCACCCGCCAUUAAUCAGAACUGUCCAUCUAGCGGUGUCAGUGCCGAAGGUGGAAAUAGUGGAUGAACAUGGCGCUACGGCCGGUGACAAGUUCUACAAAGCAGGUAGUACAAUAGAGCUGAAGUGUGUAGUCAGCAAUAUACCGCAACCCACUGGCUAUGUCACGUGGCGACACGGAUCUCGUACGUUAAAUUACGACACAACCCGUGGUGGCAUCAGCGUCAAGACGGACAUGGGUGCAGCUGGAGCAGUGUCUAGACUCUACAUUGCAAAUGCGAAUAAAAAGGAUAGCGGGAACUACAGCUGUGCCCUGGCGAACGUAGCAGCAGCCACUAUGGUGUCCGUCCACGUGCUAAACGGGGAGAAUCCAGCUGCCAUGCAACACGGCGGUACCACGGCCCCGAGGGCGACCUUUAUCUUCACCGUUGUGAUAUCACUAUCAUCGCUCUUAAGGUGACCGUGAUGACCCCGGUGCAUUUUGGACCUGCAAUCCGAAUGGUGCUAACUUUCUCCUUCCCCACGGAGACCCGCGGAGACCCGGAAUGUCCUCCCGAAAACGAGGACAGAGAGACCUUAGGCAUUAGGCCCUUCGCUCCGGCCCUUCGCGCGCGUACACGAUUGGUGCGAGUUACGUAGAACAGAUUUAGUAUUCUCACGCAAGAGAUGGAAAUACAUGUGUGUGUG